AUGGAACAGGUUCUAACAAACCAACAAGAAAAUUCAGAGAAUGGGUUAUUAUCAUGGGUUGAAGAUCAACCUGAGCUUUCUCAAAAAAGGCUUUUAAAAAAGAGGGGAAAAAUAUGUUCCAACGCAUGUAAUAAAUGCAAGAGGGAUAAAAAAAAGUGCGAUGGAGACUCUGAAACAAAAAAGGCCUGCACGAAUUGCACUGAUCGAAAAAGGGAGUGUAAAUAUUCAAACGUUCGUCGAAAGCCGAGAGCCAAUAUUCAAAACAUUCAGCAACUUAUAAGCAGAAUGGAAAUAAUUGAAGAAGAAUUGCAAAAUUUGAUUGAAGAAAUCACCUUGAUUAAACAAAUAAAAAACGUUUUUUUCAAAAUGAUUAAUCCAUCGACGACAGACGAACAAGUUAUUGAGUUGAGAAAAAUGCUCAUUGAAGAAUUAAAAAAGGAUCCAGAAAACCAAGAAUUCUUUGAAGAUAAAAUUUGUAUUGAAUCACCAACGUCGAGUUUACUUCGUUACGACUCAAAUGAAGAUUUUUCUUCCGAAUCAAUGUCGCCUCAAAUUGAAUUCCCUGAAAGUUUCACUUUUAAUUUUAACGAUUUAACUGCAAUUUCAGAGGUUUCGAAAAGCGAAAAUGAUUCAGUGCAUUUGGAUUGUGAUUAUUUUCAGGCAGAAAAACAAACAGAAGCAGAAAAACAACCGAAAGAAACAACAUGUUAUAAGACAGAAGAUACAUUUGACGAAAGAAAAAGAAAAUUCGAAAAACAAGCCAAUAAAGACUCAAAAAAACAACGAAAAAACGCCAAAGGCACAACAUCGAAGCAAACAGGAAAUUUUCCAGGAAUAUCAGUGAUAUAUCCAACACCUAAAGGUUAUGAAACACAUAAAUUUGUCGCCAGUGAAAAUACACAAUAUAAAUCAUCACCUUCACCAAAUUAUCAUUUGGGACUGAUGACAGUUAACAACAAUAAUUUAAAUGUCGAUAGUCCGAAUUUACAAGCAACAACGUCAACUGCUGAUUCUUUUGGUCAGCAAACUUCAGCGAAUAUCGAACAAAAUAGUUUCAUUAAUCAAUUUGUUAUUCAACAAUUUCUUCUUUCGAAUAAUAUGACAACGGAUAUUUGUCACCCAGAUGAGGGUGCUUUCAAUACAAUGCCGCGUUAA